AUCACCGUGCUCUUCCCGAAGGUUCUUGUUGUUUCUCUCUAUUCGUAUGCUCUAUACGUUGAAACGGUUGAUAUUGUGUUCCUGAAGGACGGUAUUCUAUGGAGCGUUGGUGGAGCAAUCAGUUUGAUACUGUACGCCUAUGGGCUAUACACCUACUUCCAGGUGGUCCGGAUUGGCUGUGGAUCACCGUUGGACUUCCCUGAGCUGUGUACGGGGCUCGAAGAGGACUCGUCGUUCCAGAAUGAGCCUCCGCAGUUCAUAUCGGAGAGGUCGAUACAGGUGAAGUCUGCUGGUACGCUGCGAUACUGUAAGAAGUGUCAUUGCUGGAAGCCUGAUAGAAGUCACCAUUGCUCCAGCUGCAACAGGUGCCAGCUGAAGAUGGAUCAUCAUUGUCCUUGGUUUGCUCAGUGCGUUGGCUACCGCAAUUACAAGUUCUUUAUCCAAUUCCUCAUAUGUACGGUGCUCUAUUCGCUUGUGAACCUGGUGAUCAGUGGGAUCGACAUCUACGACUUCUUCAAGUCAGAGAAGUAUAAGGAGGUCACUAUCCUGCUGAAUGUGAUACUGCUCGGUGUGCUUGCGCUGACGAUGUUCUUUGCAGUAGGAGUGUUCAUGGGCUUCACGCUGUACUUCCUCUUCCAUAACAUGACCACGAUAGAACACUACGACAUGGUGCGCUAUAGGAACAAUUUGAACUUGAUCAACGAUGCCUACUAUUCAUUGUCUCAGCAGCCGAACUCGGAUACCAUGGGCAAUGCCUUUGACUUGGGCUGGAAGCAGAAUUGGCGUGAAGUUAUGGGUGCAAACUGGCUAGAAUGGAUCAAACCGAGUGAGAACCAGUACAAAAGAAUGGACUACUACGAUAACAGAGGGCUAUACUUUGACGUUGAUAACGAAGUCCUGACAAAGUUGCAGAGGAACACUGCUCUACAACAACAGCUCUUA